AUGUCCGAACAUGUUGUCAUUUACUGCAAGACCAGAGUAUCUGGCGCUGGUAAUGACACAGGAGGCUUAACGAGGAAGAAGAUUGACGUCUCAGGUAUUACCUCAGCGGAUCAUUGCUGGACGGCACAGUUCAAUUAUUCCACGGCGACGCGACCGAAAGACUUUCUAUCAGAUGCGAUGUUAUAG